UUAUGAUGUCAUUUCUUCAGGAAACCGACGAUCCGAAGAAGAACUUCCCCUACUAAAACACAACAACUUCACACAGAACAGAAGACACUUUCUCUCUAUCACUCUCUCUCUCUCUCUCUCUCUCUCUCUCUCUCUCUCUCUCUCUCUGUCUGUAGAUUUUAAUAAAGAAAAAAAUAAUUUAAUAAAACAAAAAGAAGAAGAGAAAUCUCUUCUCUUCUCUUUUUUUCUGGGUUUUUGAUUUGAUUCUUCUUGUUGAUCUUUUGUUUGAGAGAUUUUGAGAAGUGUAUGAUUUUAAUGGACUGAUGAUUAUAUGAAGAAGAAGAUUUAGAUAAUAAUAAAGAGUUUAAUAAGACUGAUUUUGAAAGAGAAGGUGAAAUAAGAAGUGGGUUUUGUUUCAAUUUGUGAAAUUUUUCUGUCUGGGUUUGUUUGAUCAUCAUGGCGGUUGUUGAAAAUGAAUUGGGGGUUGUUAAUAAUGGUUCAGCAAAUAGGACACAGACAACACAAGAUUCAUCAAACGAUCUUGCUGAUCAAAACAACAAUUCUGGGAUUCAGAUGGUGGAUCCUAAUCCUAAUUUUCACUUGAAAGUUCAGCAAUUUCAGCAGCAGCAGACUGCUGAUGCUCACAUUAGCAGCAACAACAACAACCAUAUAUCUCAGAUUCAUCAUCAAGGAGACAAUAACAAUAAUAUGACUAAUGGAAAUUCGGGUUAUGGAUUGCAACAACAACAGCAACAACAGAAUAAUCAUCAACAGAAAAUUAGUGAAGAAGGGUUUAAAAGGGAUAUGAGAGAUUUAGAGGAACUUCUCUCUAAAUUGAAUCCUAUGGCUGAGGAAUUUGUUCCUCCUUCACUGUCUAACAAUGGAUCAGUAGUAGGUGCUGGUUUCUACCUUAACAAUUUUGCCAUGCAUAGUAACAAUGGCAAUGGCAAUGGCAAUGGAAAUGGAAACAUUAACAGAAGGAAGAAGAAUAAUUAUAGCCAGGGAAGGCGCAGGAUGAAUAGUCGAACAAGUAUGGCGCAACGAGAAGAUAUAAUUAGGCGCACCGUAUAUGUAUCUGACAUUGAUCACCAGGUUACUGAAGAACAGCUUGCUGCUCUCUUCAUCAACUGUGGACAGGUUGUGGACUGUCGCAUUUGUGGUGAUCCUCACUCCGUUCUUCGUUUCGCUUUUAUUGAGUUCACUGACCAGGAUGGUGCAAGAGCUGCAUUGAGUUUGGCCGGGACCAUGCUUGGUUAUUACCCAGUAAGGGUUCUGCCUUCCAAAACUGCAAUUGCGCCGGUUAACCCAACAUUUUUGCCGAGGUCUGAAGAUGAGCGGGAGAUGUGUGCGAGAACCAUCUAUUGCACAAAUAUUGAUAAAAAGGUUUCUCAAGCGGAUGUGAAACACUUUUUUGAAUCCAUCUGUGGAGAGGUUUAUCGUUUGAGACUUCUCGGAGACUAUCACCAUUCUACUCGUAUUGCUUUUGUCGAGUUCAUAAUGGCUGAAAGUGCAAUUGCUGCUCUGAACUGUAGUGGUGUGGUGCUGGGAUCCUUACCAAUUAGAGUAAGCCCCUCAAAGACGCCAGUUUGCCCACGUUCACCUCGUCAAAUGCACUGAGGAGAUCUAUCAGACGAUCAAGCUGAAGAAGCCAGAAUCUAAAUAUACGGUCCUGCAUUCCAGUCGUGGCUGCAGGUCUCCUAGGUUAUGUUACCGCUUUAUGUAUCUACUGCCCUUUAUGUAUCUACUACUCAAGAUACAGACAUUUAAAGAUACCUCUGGUCGGUUUUCAUUUAUAGUUCUUCUAUUUCUCUUGUUACCCCCUUUUUUUUGCAUAUUUAUCCUGCAAUCUUUUGUUUUAUCCAGGAUUAAGGACAUAUAUGCUCUGUUAAUUUCUAGUAUGUAGAGUUGGAAUGGAACUUGGAGGCUUUAAAAGUGUUAAUAAUGUUUCCUUAACUGCAACAAUUUGUCUUGCAGGAAGAUGUACCAAAAGUUUAUAUACGAUAGACUGGUUUCUAUCUGUUUUACUAUUCAAAGUAUUUUCUUGUUUGGCGUUUAUUUUU